GAUAAUGUUUUUGACCAUUGAGGCUCUUCCCAUUGCUGGCUCAUCCUAUCGAGUGGGAGGGGGCUUUGCCCGGUUUCUGAAAGGCAACAAAACUUUUUUUAAAUUGAGCUAGCUACGACAUCUUUCUCCCCCACACGAAGACAGCCAUCACAAUGACUUCGACGAACAUGUUUUCAGGACUCGAUAAUGGCGCAAAGCCAAGUUCAAGAGUCUUGCGUCCCCCCGGAGGUGGCUCCAGCGACCUGUUCGGUGGCUACGAGGAAGAAGCAGCUGCGUCGAGACGGCCCCACAAGAUGGCCUCCAACCUUUUCGCCCCGCCAGAGCCCCAGGGUGUCAUCAGACGAACCAACCCCCCAGGAGGUAAAAGCAGUGGGAUAUUUGGUUCUCCAGAUGCCCCAGCCGAGCAACGGAGACCCGUACCCUCAGGCGGCAACACCAGCAACAUAUUCGGGGGGUUAGAGAGCGCCCCUCACUCGGUCAAAGCCCAUUCCAACAAGCCAAAGGACAAUAUUUCUGUUGGUGAAAGUCCCAUGCCCAUACCCGAGCCCCCAGCUCCUCUGCCAAAGGCGAGCCUGGCCAAGGAGGAGAAGGAAGAGAACGUUGCCUCCCCUCCCCCCACACCCACCAAAGUAGCAGUGGAACCGGCACCUGCUCUCUUGGCCAAGAAGCCAGAGCCAGAGGCCUCCCUUAGUGAGCUCUCACUGAAGGACCACGAGCCCCACCUCGGCCCCCGCCCCCGCUCCCACAACAAGGUCCUUAACCCCCCAGGAGGGAAGUCUAGCGUGGUCUUCUACUGAACCAGCUCCUCCAUCCCAUCUAUUCAUGUAUGCAUCCCAAAAUGCACUCUAUUCCCUAUAUAAGUAACCCUUGUCCGAGCCAGAACGGAUCUCUUGUUUCUGUUGCGUGAGGCUGCUUGAUGUACAAGUACAUCCCCUGGACAGGACGCUAGUUUAUGGGCCCUGGUCAAAAUUUGUGGACUGUAUAGGAACAGGGUGCCAUUUGGGGCACAACCUAUGCCCACUAUUAUUCUCUGUUCUCUUAAUUUUCCCUAUUCACUCUGUCCUUCCCUCCCUGUUCAUUUUAUUUUCCGUGGCUAUCAAGCUGGAAGAAAAUUCUCAAUCAUUUUUACAGGCUAAAUUCCUGUCCAAUCAUUCAAAAUUGUUAAAUUUCUGUUUCAUUGCAAGGGUUCUAUUUCUUGCUGUAAAUGUUUUUUUAUUACAUGGUUUUGAAUGUUGUGUUGAUUACAAAGGCAGGGUGAGUUCUUUUAGUCACUUAUACCAAAAACAUUUAUAAUGAAAUUGUAAAUUCCAUUUAGAAUUCAGUAUAUUUGUGUCGGCAUUGAGACCCACUGUUGCCCAUGCACACGGUUGUCAUAGUAAGCCCUUAAGUGAUCACAAUCACUCUUUACUGUCACUUUGACAAUAACACAUAUCCCUAUAUUAUGUUCAUUCUGUCCUCCAUUUGAUCCCACUCCUUUUCUCUCUCUCCUCUAAUAAUCAAACCUAUCUUGAGUCUCUGUCUGGAGCCAGAAACAAACUCUUGUUCAGGGAGAAAAAAGCAAAAAAUCUACUAACUAGCGAGUGCAAAGCAAAGAGCCACAGGCAGUACCCAUUAUGUAUUGCCCACCCCCAAAGUUCUUGUUGUUCGGAAUAAAUUCCAUUAUGAUUUUAUAUAUCGCCCAUGCAAAUGGCCGAAUGUAUUGUAUGUUGUGGUUGUUUCCUGCUCUGUUACCAUUGCUUGCUGUUAUCAGAGGAUGGUGUCCACUCGGAGGCCUCUAUGUUUUAAAUUAAAACGGCUGCUGUACACAAGUGAACUCUGGAAUAGUACAUGACCGGCAAAAUACGGGUGGGGACUUGGAGACGUUAAGUCACCCCUAGCCAACCACACACCGCACCACGUUCCAGGCUGCCUUACGUAGCAGUUGCACACCAAAUCUUACCACACCUGGAUAAGCCUUUUAAUGUCAGUAACCAGUAUGACUAGGUUCUCAUCAACUUAUACACCUUUUAAUUAGCAUUUUGGUUCAGCAUAUAUUUGGAGGGUGUUAGCUUUUGGCCUAGCCCGGAUAACCGAUUCAACCGAUUUUUCAUGCGAAUAAUUCAAAAUCUGCAUAAAAACAAUAUUUGCAUGUUCCCACGAUGUUUCUAUCAAAUUGACUUGUUGUGGAUAAAAGACUGUGCAUGAUGUCGUACUGCACAUGCAUAUUUAUUUUGCUAUUAAAUUCCCAUGUACUGAAUAAAAAAAGUUAAAUGGGACCUACUUUACUUGCAUAAAAAGGUUGGAUGGAAACUUGGUUAGUAACGGCAUCAACUGACUAGAUGGCGCGGUAUUAAAUUGAUUUGUGUUGUGUGGCCGGUUUGUAGGCAGUCUGGAACACAAAAGGUCUCCUGGUGCCAUCUUAACCCCUGAGUGUUGGAGUGUUGGCAGGCAAAGUUCACAGCAGAGGAAAAGCAAAAAGAACCUGUGUAUUGCAAUAAAACUUAUUUUCUGACUGAU